CCCGCCUGCGGAGCUGCGCCGAGGCCUCAGCCAUGACCGCGCCGCGGCUGGAGGACGUGCUGACCUGCUCCAUCUGCCUGGGGCUCUACGUGGAGCCGGUGACGCUGUCCUGCGGCCACAACUUCUGCGGGGCCUGCAUCGGGGACUGGGGACGCGGCUGCGACAAGGCGUGUCCGGAGUGCCGGAAGCCCUUCCCCGACGGCGCCGAGCUGCGCCGCAAUGUGGCGCUCAGCGCCGUGCUCGAGGCGAUGCGCGUCGGCCCCGGCCCGGACUCGGCCCCCGCCUCUGGCUCCGCCUUGGGCGCGCGCUGCCCCCGGCACGGGCGGCCGCUCGACCUCUUCUGCCGCACCGAGGCUCGCUGCAUAUGCAGCGCGUGCACCGUGAACGAGUGUCUCCUCCACGAGCGGGCGCUGCUGGACGAUGAGCGUCGGGAGCGCGAGGCCCAGCUGAGAGCCACGCUGGAGGUCAGCCAGCAGCAGGUGACCCAGGUGGAGAGGCAGCUGGAGGAGCUGCGGCAGCAAAGCAGCCAGAUCCAGACCUCGGCCUGCACCCUGGCCUCCGUGAUCUCGGGCAAGUUCAGCCGCCUGCUGCAGGCCCUGGAGAUGCGACGGGCCUUGGCACUGAAGGACAUCAAGGUGGCCGAGACCCAGGCACUAGCACAGGCCCAGGAUGCGGAACAGCGACUGCGGGGCCACCGGGAGGCCUUGGUUCGUUACGACCGCAGGGUCCGGGACCUCCUGCAGCAGCUGGAUGACUGCACCUUCCUCCAGGAAUCACAGCUCCUGGCCCCCCCAGCGCCUCUUGGGCCUCUGACUCCUCUGAAGUUGGACGAAGAUCAGCAGCUGGCCGGCCUGAAGGAGUCACUGAGCCAGCUGUGUGGCCUCCUCCUGGAGGAGGGGGACCGCCCCAGGGCACCUGCUGAGGCUGCUGAUUCAGGCCCCAUGGAGGGCCCAGGUCCCCUGGCACCAGUCCCAAGCCCAGUUUGUCCACUGAGGAGGAAACUCUGGCAGAAUUACCGCAAUCUGACCUUCGACCCGGACAGCGCCAAUCGCCACCUCUACGUAUCUCGGCAGGACCAGCAGGUAAAGCACCAGCACAAGCCCCGGGACCCGGCUGGGCCAAGCAGCUUUGAGCUCUGGCAGGUGCGGUGCGCCCAGAGCUUCCAGAACGGGCGACACUACUGGGAGGUGCACACAUCUAACCACUCGGUGACUCUGGGCGUCGCCUACCCAGACCUGACGCGGCGCAAGUGGGGGCCCCACACGGACAACAUCGGGCGCGGGCCCAGCUCCUGGGGGCUCUGUGUUCAGGAGGACAGGGCGCAGGCCUGGCACAACGGGGAGGCCCAGCUCCUCCCAAAGGUGUCGGGGCGGCUCCUGGGCAUGGAAUUGGACCUGGUUUCCGGCUGCCUCACCUUCUACUGCCUGGAGCCCAGGGCCCAGCGCCUGCAUACCUUCCAUGCCAUCUUCACCCAGCCCCUCUACCCUGUCUUCUGGCUCCUGGAGGGUAGGACUUUGACCCUGUGCCAUCGGCCCGAGGCCAGGCUCCCUUCGGAGCUCCAGGAAGAGGCCUCAGAGCCCAGCUGAGGAAGGAACAGGAUGGAGCUCUGGGCCAGGAACAGGUGCCACCAUACCUUUGUGCCCAAAAGCUGCCCAGACCCUAGCUUGGGGACCUGAGGCCACAGCGAUAACGGGACCAGCUUUGGGCCAGGAGAUCAACUCAGAACUAGGCUGGGCCACUUGGGAAGAGAGGUUGGGAGGGAGCCCCCAACCGGAGUUCGCUCUCCAGCAUCACUGAAGGACACGGGGACGAGAAAGGGACUAAAACAGGAGGACCCUGCCCAAGCAGAGCCCACUUCUCCACGCCGCCGCGGCAUUCUGAGGCUGUCGCGGUGCCCGUGGGCUCCUGGUCCUGCAGCGGAGCACGCGCAGUCAGGCCUCCCCACACAGUGUGGUGCAGCACACACACUCCGCGGCCCGCUGGCCUCCCGUGAAAGUGACGUAGCUCAAAGGAGUGGGGCGGUGGGCGGGAGGUUGGGGGCGGGCCACAAAGCAUGGACAAUUCCUGCAGAAAACCUAGAGAAAAGUGAUUUUUUACUUCCUUCCUCUUUUUUUUUUUCUUAACAUUUUGGUAGAUCUUAGUUGCUUUUGUACAUCCUUGUGAUUGCAUUUUAAAAACACUUGUGUUUUUUACAUUUUUUAAUUUAGCAUACCCAUUUUUCACGGUAUUAAUAUUUUCCCCUGAAUGAUAACCAUAUAAACCGUCUUUCUAAUGACCAUCAGAAUUUAUUUCCCUAAUACAGGUACCCUCCGCCCUCCAAAAGUUCAAGUUCUGCCGCUUGGCUUUCCUAAAAGACCUGCAUUAGCACGGUUCCGGAUUUCUUUUGGUUAGUGCGGACAGGUGCCAUUGGAGUCUUUUGUAAAGCAAGGUGGCAGAAGGGCAAACUUGGGCAAGCCAAGGACACUCUCUGCUGUGUGCCCUUUCUGCCUAUGAAAGCUCUCGUAAGGACACUCUACUUUUGGAUUGCUCAGGGGACCCCAUAUCAGACACGUUGGCAUUGUUUUAUUUGGGGCUGUAAAAAUUCCACCACGAUGCAUAUUUCUGAGCAGGAAGCUUUGCCCCUAUCUGUGGCUACGUAGGUAGGCUGAGUUCAUUGGAGUUACUCAACAGAAACAUAAGGGGCAUGGUUUCUGGUUUCUUCUCAGGUCGUUAUGUCAGGGUCUGCUUAAGACCCUUUCGCUCUCUCCCUCUACCCCUCCCCCCUUAAAUAAACAAA